AUGUAUGUCAAUUUGGGUUUCAACUUGCGCCGGCGCUCCAGCAAAGGUCACAGCUCAAGAGUGUGCACUGGAGUGAGGAGGGUAAAACAGAAGACCUCCACAAACCUGCAGGGACACAGCCUCAUUAAUGCUAAUGGGCUGAGAGCCUACAAUGGCCUUAUAGCUCAAAACCUGGACCAUGCCAGGAAUGAGAGAAAUCGGACUUACCUUCAGGAGAAGAAUGAUAAAAAGAGGAAGCAGGAGGAAGCCAUAAAGAGAACGGGCGAGGACAUCACGUCUGAAGGCAAGCAUUUCCGCAUGGGUUCAAUCACCGUGCUGGAGCCGCCUGAGCGCGUGCCCGUACCACAUCCGCACGCCCUCGCAUGCGGCCAAGGCUUCUCCGUGCGCUCCCAGUCGCUGCACUCCGUCGGUGGUGGGAACACUGGAGGCGGUGGUGGUGGUGGAGGAGGAGAGGAGGAAGUGGGAAGUCCUACCUCCAGAAAACAGCCCCCUCCCAAACCCAGGAGGGACCCGGCCACCAAACUGAGCAUGUCGUCCGAGGCGGUGGACCACAAUCCCACGUCCACCUGCCGCGGGGACAGAUGUGAUGCACCACAAGGAUGCAGUGAGGACUGCAAAAGGGUGCCACCUCCAAAGCCCAAGAGGAACCCCAACACUCAGCUGAGCGUUUCCUUUGACGAGUCCUACAUCAAAAGCCACAGCUCGUCCAAAUGCCUCCAUCAUGUGACCUCACCCUGCGAGCACAGCACAUGCUCCCCUCAGAGUGACGACAGCCCCACAGACGACUGUGAGGACGAGCCGGUCUACAUCGAGAUGGGGGGCAUCGAUAUUGGACCAAGGGAGCCCCUCAAAAGUGAGGAUGACGAGCCCGGGGAGUCGGUGUAUGAAGAAAUGAAGUACCCCAUUUUAGACGACCAUGAAUAUCGCACUGAUCCUAUCGGAUGUCGUUCCGCCUGUCCCACUCCAGCACCCUAUGACCCGGAACCCCUCAGUCGCUGUUCCACCCCUCGCAACAUUCCCCUUUGUGAUAUUCCUGCUCCUUUCCCAAACCUGCUGACCCAUCGGCCUCCAUUGCUGGUGUUCCCACCUGCACCAGCGCAAUGCUCACCCAACUCAGACGAGUCGCCCCUCACUCCUCUAGAUGUGACCAAGCUGCCAAUGCUGGAGAACCAGCAGUACAGUAAAUCCCCCACAUCCUCCACAGAGCCCCCUUCUUCAGCACAUAUCCGCAGGGAGCUGACCGCCACUCCGACCCUCACCGUAUCAGGACGUUCUUCAGCUCCUCCUCUGCCCUGUACACUGUAUAAAUCAUCUUCUUCAUCAAACUAUCAGCGCAGCCACUCCGCCUGUCCUUCACCGGUCAGUAUGGGCCGCUGUUUGACCCCACUCAGCCUCAUGCGCACACCCCCCUUCGACGCUCCAAUGCCUUUUCCAGGGGGUCUGCCUCGCAGUGCCUCGGCCACACCUCAUGGGAAAGGAUCCCCACCACAGGACAGUGCUGGACGACUACAUGGCUCCAUGCAAAAUGUGUCAACUGGACGUUCUAGGACCCCUACAAGCCCUCUAGAUGAACUCACCAACUUGUUCACCACAGGCAGGAAUAUGCUAAAGAAGAACACAAGUGGCAGGAAGUCAAAAGAGCCUGGAGAAACUGAAUCAAAGAGCAAAUCCCACAAUGAGUCCAAGCGUGAAGGUAAAGAAAGGCACAGCCAUGGACACAGCAAGGACUCGAAACGAGAAUCAAAGGACCGUCAUGGACACAAAGAGUCCUCUCACCGGAGGGACAGAGACAGAGACAAGGACAGAGACAAGGACAGGGACAAGGACAGGGACAAGGACAGGGACAAAGACAAAGAAAGGGACAAGGAUAAAGACCGUGACAGGGAGUCUCUGUCUCAUCGCCGCAACAGUAAAGACCGGACUUUAGAUCCUCCACUGGUUCGCAAGGACAGCAGGGAUCAGGGCUGCAGCAGUGUUGAGCCCAUUCCUGUCAGACGGGACUCCAAAGACAGAGGCUGCAGCUCAUUGGAACCUGCCGCUAUGGUCAGGAGAGAUUCCAAGGACAAAGGGGCGAGCAAUGGUGAUAUGAUGGUUCGAAGGGACAGUAAAGACAGGAGCAGUGGAUUCUGUGUUGACCUAGGAUCACGACAGGAUAGCAAAGACCGAGAGAAACCGUCUGAUCACCCACCAGAACUCUUGCCGAAGCAAGAGAGUAAAGAGCGGCUUAGAAAUGGAGUGGACUGUAGACAUGAGAGCAAAGAGAGACUGCGGGACCAGGCACCUGAACUUUUACCCCGCCAGGACAGCAAAGACAGACAAAGGAAUGGUUUGGACUCACAGUAUGAAAACAGAGAUAAGCCACCUGAACUUCUGCCCAGGCAAGAUAGUAAAGACAGAUCCAGAGGGGGGCUGGACUACAGGCAAGACUAUAGACCUGAUUUGUUACCAAGGCAGGACAGCAAAGAAAGAAUGAGGAGUGAAAUAGAACAUAAGCAUGAAGGUAGAAUAGACCAACCACCUGAGAUUCUCCCUCGACAAGAAACAUCCAGAGGUCAUAAAGAGAAAAAUGGCUACAGUUCUGAGUCCAAACAGGAUAUGAGGAGUUGCCACAAUGGAGGGGAUGUGCCGCCUCCUCUUUUGCCCAGACAGGACAGUCGAGACCUGGGCAGAACAGGUCUGGAGGUGAGACGAGACAGUGCUGAUCGAAAUCUGAACGGCUCGGAUAAGCACCACUACGAUGUAAAACACACAAGGAGCCCCACCGCACGAGAGUACCGGGGUGACAAAGAGCGAGUAUACAGGUCAGAUGGCACGCCACGACGAGAGCACAGAGGAACUAGUACAACGGACCCGACCAAAGCACAAGACAGGAACAGUAGCACAAUGCAAGGGCAGUCCUCGUCUACAACUACACCUACUCGCCAAGGAAAACCCAGUGGAAGCCCAACAAUGCCAGAAAUGAAAGGAACUCCCAAAUAUGGUCACUCACCCUCUGUGUCGGCUAACCCUUCUCCAAUGGGAACCCCACAGAGAAAAGUUUCAGAAACACAUAGUCAGAUGCCACAGAUGCCCUGGGUUUGUGGGGACUCAACAAUGCUGGAGCAGAUUGAGAGGAAACGCACUCUGUGCCAGGAGAUUCGCUCCCGACAGCACCCAAAACUGCAGAAGUCUCUGGAGAGACGGUCCCCAGAUCGCAGUGAUGACAAGAAUUUGGAGCACAAUCAGUGCAAGCAGGAAAGCACAUCUGUCCUCCCAGGCUGGGGCAAGAACAACGGGGCCAAAAAGAUCCGUCCACCCCCUUACCCCACUCAGAAAACAGUGUUUUGGGACACAGCCAUCUGA